CCCGUGAGCGGCUGGAGCAGCCGUGACCAGCGUUGUCCCCUCCAGCUCGGCCGGUUGCAAUGUUCAGUGUUGUUUCUCUACCUCAUGUGUUGCAGAUCAGCUCCGCCUCCAUUUGACGUUUGCCAUUUGCGGAAACAGAGACAGCAGCAGAAAUGGCGAUGAACUUCGAGGAGGACACCUCACGACGUAAAGAUACAGUAGUGGAUGACAAAGAAGCUUUAACCUGCGCCGUUUGCUUAGAAAUCUACGAAAAUCCAAUGCGCAUCGAAUGUAACCAUGUAUUUUGCAGUAGCUGCUUGUUUGCACUACAGAAGCCAAAAAAGCCAAUUUGUGCUGUAUGUCGCUUUCCUCUGAAGGGUGUAACGAGAGCUUUGGAAAUUGAGAGAAAAUUAGAAAUAACUCCUACAAGCUGCAAUGGUUGUGGAACGCAGGUUUAUAUGAAUAAGCUACGGACCCAUAACGCAACAUGUCCAAAAUAUCAAGAGUUUAUCUCUGAGGGGGUGAAAGCUUCAAUGAAGGAUCAGCAUCCCAGCCUUAGCAUGCCCAAUCGUUUUACUUUUACUUGCCCAUUCUGCAACGCAAAAAACUUGGACCAAGAUGGCUUGGUUGAGCAUUGUAUUUCAAGUCAUUCUGGAGAAUACGCAAAAAAGGUUUGCCCAAUCUGCUCCUCCAUGCCAUGGGGUGACUCAAGCUUCAGAAGUGCAGACUUGAUACAACAUUUGAAAAUUCGUCAUAGAUUUUCAUAUGAUACUUUUGUGGAUUAUAAUGUGGAUGAAGAUGAAAUGCUUCAGGAAGCCAUUGAACUUUCACUCCAAGAUAUGAGAUAUUAGGAUAUCAAUUUUUUUCUCACAUAAAAUCAACAGCUGAAGUUCAUUGUCUGAAUACUGCUACUGUAGAGGUUUUAUAUGUGCUUAAAUCUAUCCUGUGCACUUUUGACGAUUAUUUAGUUACAUAUACACCGAUAAGGAAAAACAAAGCAUCAUAAAACUAACAUACUAUGGUAAUAUUAUGAAAACAAUAUAUAUCUGAAGGUUAUUACAGCACUUUAAUCUUGAUGCUUGGUAAUGGGUAUAUUUACUUUUGAUUAAAUUCCAAUUAUACUUCCUUGUAAUUUGUAUUAAUGGACAGCUUGAAAUAGCUUUUGAAAAGAUGAAUAAAAUAUUAGUUGGAUUUCAGGUA